AUGCCAACAGAGUUCUUGACUAUUGAUCAAUUUGCCAGGCAGAAGACUCAGAAACGUUCUGAUCCGUCUAAUCACCUGGCCGCCUUCACUUCUCGGAUUGCAAACUAUGCAGCCUCCUCUUCCUUCGGCGGUGGAAGACUGCCAUCCGAAGGACGCAAAGUGCACCCUGUCAGAACACAAAAAGACAAUAGUGCAUACCAAAAGUGUCUGCAAGAAAUAUUCUCCUGGUCUGCGGUCAACGAGGUGGCAGAGAGCACUUUUUGGGUGGUUGCCUGUUUUGGGACUGUCACAUUUCAUCGUUGCAGCUUGCACCAGCCAACCCCUCCUCACGACUGGCACGAGCCAGAGUGGGCAGAAAGGCCUCGAUUUGGUCAGAAAAUAUUAAAAAAGAGCUACUUCACAUAUCACCGACAUAGUUACGAGUUCAGGAGGCCAAAUCGCAGAAAUUGA